AGAUACACGUUUAAAAUUUAUUCAUUAGGAGUAAAUUUUUAAUAGAUCCCAGUUUGAAGCUGUUUUUGAAAUGCUUAUCACAUAGAUGGCUCGAUUUUUUGCUCUUUGCGAUGAGGCUAUAAAGAAUGGAUGUCACCGAUGACCAAAUCUGGUACUCAGUAGUCCAGGGCCACAAUGUGAAGAACUUGCCACGAGUUGGUGAGUACGAGCGUAGGAUGAGAAAGUUGAAGCUUCAUCCACCCAUCACUGCUCUAGCUCUUCUAUCAUUAAGAAAAGUGAAAUGGAGAUCCUCAAAGAAUAGGCCAAAGGCCUCCAAGAACAGGGCGGUGGCAGAUGAGGAUUAUGAUUAUUUGUUCAAGGUGGUGCUGAUAGGAGAUUCCGGCGUCGGAAAAUCCAACUUGCUUUCCCGUUUCACCCGCAACGAAUUCACCCAAGACACCAAAUCCACCAUUGGCGUCGAGUUCGCGACUCGCACCAUUCGUGUUGACAACAAUAAGAUCAUCAAGGCUCAAAUUUGGGACACCGCUGGCCAAGAAAGGUACCGUGCAAUAACGAGUGCAUACUAUAGGGGAGCAGUGGGUGCAUUGCUUGUUUACGACAUAACACGGCGCGUGACGUUUGAGAGUUUGGAACGGUGGCUCAAGGAGCUGCGGGACCACACCGACCCCAACAUCGUCGUCAUGUUAGUCGGCAACAAGGCGGAUCUCCGACACCUCCGAGCCGUCACGACGGACGAUUCGAAGGUGUUUGCGGAGAGGGAGAACACUUUCUUCAUGGAAACCUCGGCUCUCGAGGCGAUCAAUGUAGAAAAUGCCUUCACGGAGGUACUUUCUCAGAUAUACCGUGUGGGCGGCCGCAAGGCCGCCGCCCUGGAUGGUGGAAAUAACAACAACCACGCGAAUUUACCCAAGGGAUCGCUGACAAUCAACAUUGGUGGUGGCGGUGACGUCUCCGCCGUCAAGCAAGGUGGUGGGUGUUGCUCUUCUUAAAGGGCUCGUUUGGUAUCAGCGUUAGAGACGAUAUAAAAAUAUUUUAAGGGAUGCGCAAAGAAAUGAAACGUAACGAU